AUGCGUCUUUUGCGGCGCAGCGAUACUGGAGAGUUCAGUCUUAGUCAGUUUCGCGAUGAGGCCAUCCCUCCCUAUGCGAUACUGUCGCAUACGUGGGGACCAGAUACCGAGGAGGUCACCUUUGAAGACCUGACAAAUGGCACUGGCAAGGAUAAGCCUAGCUACGAGAAAAUCCGGUUCUGCGGAGAGCGAGCUGCACUAGAUGACUUGGAAUACUUUUGGAUCGAUACCUGUUGCAUCAACAAGGCAAACAAGGCUGAACUGUCGCAGGCUAUCAACUCCAUGUUUCGUUGGUAUGGUAACGCGACUCGAUGCUACGUCUAUUUAUCAGAUAUCUCGAGCUCUCCCCUUAGCAACACCGAAGAGCCCAAGAGCCCGUGGCCGUGGGAAUCGGAUUUCCGAAAAUGUAGAUGGUUCACCCGGGGUUGGACGCUCCAAGAGCUUCUUGCUCCGAGUUCGGUAGAGUUCUUCUCCCAAGAAGGCGAGCGACUUGGUGACCGAAAUUCCCUAAGGCGCCUGAUUCACGAGAUAACGGUUGUUCCUGAAUCAGCGCUUGAAGGAGCCCCCUUGUCUCAGUUCAGCGUUAAUGAGCGAUUGUCAUGGAUAGAACACCGGCAGACCAAGCUUGAGGAAGAUAGAGCGUACUCUUUACUUGGCAUUUUUGGGGUGUACGUAGCUGCUAUCUACGGCGAAGGGACGGCAAGCGCGUUCCAACGACUUCGAGAGGAGAUUGGGAAGCUGGAGCAAUGCAUGCAAGAUUUGCACCUCACCGAUCCUCGGGACGACAAGAAGCGCAUUGAGGACACCAAGGGUGGACUGCUGGAGGCCUCGUACCGCUGGAUCCUCGAAAAUUCCGACUUCCAACGAUGGCGUGACGACGAGCAGAGUCGACUCCUAUGGAUCAAAGGCGAUCCGGGCAAGGGCAAGACGAUGCUGCUCUGCGGCAUCAUUAACGAGCUAGAAAAGUCGAUAGCUAAGACGGAUCUUUUAUCCUACUUCUUCUGCCAGGCCACGGACUCACGAAUCAACAACGCUACAGCCGUGCUGCGAGGUCUGCUGUACCAGCUUGUCAACCAGCAGCCAUCGCUCAUCUCACACAUACGGAAGAAGUACGAUCACGCAGGCAAAGCCCUCUUUGAAGAUGCCAAUGCUUGGGUUGCCCUGUCAGACUUCUUUACGAACAUGAUACGAGACCCGGACCUAGAAUUGGCCUGCCUAGUUGUCGACGCUCUCGAUGAAUGCGUGGUGGACUUGCCAAAGCUCUUAGACUUAGUUAUUCAUACCUCAGCAUCAUCAGCCCGCGUCAAGUGGCUUGUGUCAAGUCGAAACGAGAUGCACAUUGAACAGAAGCUAAGAUGCGUAGACGCUAAGGCGAGGUUGAGUCUAGAGCUAAAGCAAAAUGCAGAGCAGGUGUCCCGCGCCAUCGACGUGUACAUUGUCGACAAGCUAUCCCGCCUUGACUCGCUUGAAGACGACAGCCUGAGAGAUCGAGUGCGAGAUAUCCUACGCCGGAAAGCGAACGGGACGUUCCUUUGGGUCGCCCUCGUGGUCCAGGAGCUUGAGGGGCCGGAGAGCUGGGACCCUUUGCAGGUGGUAGAAGAAGCGCCACCAGGCUUACACCAGCUGUACGAUCGCAUGAUGAAUCUAAUCCAGCAGCUAAAGGAGAGAAACUCGGAGAUUUGCCGGCUCUUGCUUUCUACUGCCUGCGUCACAUACCGUCCGCUUUACCUAGCUGAAAUGGGCAGCUUGUGCGGACUAUCAGGCCAAGUUUCCGUACUCGCGAGGAACGUAAGAACAAUCGCGGCUAUGUGUGGUUCGUUUCUCACCGUUAGGGAUGAUCAGGUCUACCUCAUCCAUCAAUCAGCCAAGGACUACUUAAGCGACAAGAUGCGAGAUACAGUCUUCCCAUCUCAAGGCAGGAUUCACCAUAACAUGUUUUUUAGGUCGCUCAAGCUCAUGUCUAGUGCACUGAAACGUGACAUGUACGGCUUGAUUGCUCUAGGCUUUCCGAUCGAUAAGGUUCAAGUACCGGUCCACGAUCCGCUAGCGACGAUGCGAUACUCGUGCGUUCAUUGGGUUGACCACCUCUGUGACUGGAAUUCCAGCUCUGCAAACCACGGCAUUGACUCUCAAGGUAAAGACGCUAUCGAGAAUUUCAUAAGAAAGAAAUACCUUUACUGGGUCGAGGCUCUGAGCCUCUGUAGAAGCAUGUCGGAGGGUGUGCUUAUAAUGACGAAACUCGAGGGACUCAUCCAGAGGAGGUCAGACGGACUCGCAUUACUUGAGCUAGUCCGAGAUGCUCGCCGAUUUAUUAUGUAUCAUAAGCAGGCAAUACAGAUUAGCCCUCUCCAGACAUAUGCGUCUGCACUCGUAUUCAGUCCAGCUAGUAGCCUAAUAAGGCGUUAUUUCGAAACGGAAGAGCCAGGAUGGAUUACAAUAAAGCCAAAUAUAGGAGAUAAAUGGAGCGCCUGCUUACAGACACUUGAGAGCCAUAGCGACACUGUCUACUCGGUGGCCUUCUCACACGAAACGACCAUCCUCGCAUCAGCGUCGGCCGACAGUACAGUCAGAAUCUGGGAUACAAGCAGCGGCACCUGCCUGCAGACGCUCGACGGCCACAGCGACUGGGUCAACUCGGUAGCCUUCUCACACGACUCGGCCCGGGUCGCGUCGGCGUCGGCCGACAGUACAGUCAGAAUCUGGGAUGCAAGCAGCGGCGCCUGCCUGCAGACGCUCGACGGCCACAGCGACUGGGUCAACUCGGUAGCCUUCUCACACGACUCGGCCCGGGUCGCGUCGGCGUCGGCCGACAGUACAGUCAGAAUCUGGGAUGCAAGCAGCGGUAAGUGCCUGCAGACGCUUGAGGGCCACAGCGAUUCCGUCAACUCAACACUUAGGGGCCAUAUCCGCUCUGUCACUGCGGUCGCCUGGUCACCCGACUCAACCCGGCUCGCGUCGGCGUCGUUCGACACUACGACACUCGAGGGCCAUAGCGACACUGUCUACUCGGUGGCCUUCUCACACGACUCGACCAUGCUCGCAUCAGCAUCGGACGACAGUACAAUUAGAAUCUGGGACGCCAGCAGCGACGCGUGCGUGCGGACGCCCGAGAGUCAUAGCGGCAUUGUCACCCAGGUCACCUUCUCUCACGACUCGGCCCGGCUCGCGUCGGCGUCGUACGACAAGACAAUUAGGAUCUGGGACGCCAGCAGCGGCAAGUGUCUGCAGACGCUGGGGGGCCACAGCCAGCUCGUCUUCUCGGUCGCCUUCUCACACGACUCAACCCGGCUUGCAUCAGCGUCAGUUGACAGUACGGCGCGGAUCUGGGAUGCCAGCAGCGGCGCCUGCCUACAGACGCUUAAGGACCAUAGCGACUCCGUCCUCUCUGCGACCUUCUCACACGACUCGACCCGGCUCGCGUCGGCGUCGCUCGACAGGACAAUCAGGAUCUGGGAUACUAGCAGUGGCGCCUGCAUGCAGACGCUCGACGGCCACAGCGAUUCCGUCAACUCAGUAGCGUUCUCGCACGACUCGGCCCGGGUCGCGUCGGCGUCGUCCGACAAGACGGUUAAGAUCUGGGAUGCAAGCAGUGGCGAGUGCCUGCAGACGCUCGAGGGCCACAGCGAUUCCGUCGAUUCAGUAGCAUUCUCGCACGACUCGGCCCGGGUCGCGUCGGCAUCGACUGACAAGACGGUCAAGAUCUGGGACGCAAGCAGCGGUAAGUGCCUGCAGACGCUUAAUAUUGGCAAAGCGCUCCAUAAUAUAUCAUUCGACGCCACAGCCUCAUAUCUUCAUACUGCUAUUGGUACCGUUACCGUCGAUGCUCCAUCAGAUUCAAACAUAAUAUCGGACAAAAUAGAAAGUUCAGAUCCGCAAUACCAAGGUGUGGGUUUAAAUUCAAAUGGAGAUUGGAUAACAUAUAAUUCGAAGAAUCUUGUAUGGUUACCAUCUGAGCAUCGGCCAAGGUGUUCGGCCGUGUCAGAGAGGACGAUCGGCAUCGGCAUUGGAUCUGGAAAGGUAUGGGUAUGCAAAGUUGAGCUUGACGCAUCCUAA